UCUCCCCCGCGUCACACAGCACGGGCGGCGGUGGGUGGAGGCAGCUACCGGACAAAUCUCCAUCAUCUCCUCCUCCUCCCCAUCAUCAUCAUCACCACCACCAAGCCUCCUCCUCCUCCUCUAAGUAGCUCCUCCUUAAAGCGUUCCAGCCAUCAUCUACAUCAUCUUCAUCACUGUCGGCAUCGUCGUCCUCGACUCCGUCUCGUUCAUCUGGAGUCGUCGCCUUCUGGCUGAAGGAACAAUGGAGGCACUGGACACAGCACUGACAAAGAUGUUGGACGACAAAAUCGGACCACGAGACCCGCGCAUCCGUGGGUGGCUGCUGCUGGAUUCAUACCUGCCCACGCUGGUGUCCACGCUGGUGUACUUGCUGGUGGUGGCGAUUGGGCCCAAGCUGAUGCGUGAGCGCCAGCCGUUGUCGCUUAAGGGGCUGCUGGUCGUCUACAAUGCGCUGCUCACUGGCCUCUCCUUCUACAUGUUCUAUGAGCUCGUGGCCGGCGUGUGGACAGGGGGCUACAACCUGCGCUGCCAGAACACGCACAGUGCGGGGGAAGCUGACAUGAGGAUUGCCCGUGUACUCUGGAUCUACUACCUCUCCAAGCUCAUUGAGUUCCUGGACACGGUGUUCUUCAUUGUGCGCAAGAAGAACACCCAGGUCACAGUGCUGCAUGUCUACCACCAUGCCUCCAUGCCCACCAUCUGGUGGUUUGUCCUCAACUGGGUGCCCUGCGGACACUCGUACUUUGGGGCAACGUUCAACUGUUUCAUCCACGUGCUGAUGUACGGAUACUACGGACUCUCUUCAUUCCCUGCCAUGCGGCCCUACCUCUGGUGGAAGCGCUACAUUACCCAGGCGCAGCUGACACAGUUCGUGAUGACAAUGGUGCAGUCGGGGAGUGCCAUCGUGAUGCCGUGUGGGUUUCCAGUUGGCUGGCUGUGGUUCCAGAUCUCCUAUAUGAUGUCACUGGUGCUUCUCUUCUCCAACUUUUACAUCCAGACGUACAUCAAGCAGGGCUCGCGCCCGAAGCUGGAGAGCCACGCGAACGGCAAGAUGGAGCCACGGAGCACUGGGGAGCUUCACGAGAACGGCAACAGCACGCGGCAGCGCAAGCCCAAGCGAGUGUAACACAGCGAUACCCCAGGCCCAUUUAUUGGGCAAGGCCGACACGCUUGGGGGAUUCCAACUUUCCCGCACCCUGUACAUGAGCCGUUGACUUAAGCCCUCGACUUGGUAUGUCAAAAUUGGAAGGGAAGGAAAUAGCAGUUAAUUUGUAAAUCUAACAUUUUCCUAAUAAGUCGGUGCUCACGUCCUGUACUGAUCAUCAACACAAAAAGCUGACACUGCAUUGAUGACAAAAGUGAUUGUUUAUGUCUGUUCCCAAGCUGCAACAUUGGUAUGAAAUGCAGCCUUCUGCAGUGUGGAAAUUCGUCAAAUUACACUUAUCUGGGAAGAUUCAAGCUGCUCUGGUUUGAUUUACAUUUUCAUGAACUCCACGAUAAAUUUCUUACACUUUAAAGCGGGGCAUUUAAACACUCACAUUUUGAGGACAUUUCACAAUGAGGAUACACAUUUCAGAGUUACUAACUUGGAGGAAAAUGCACUUCAAAUCUUUAUGAGCACUGUCAGAAUGAAGCGUUGUAGUGAGGCGGUUUAUUUCAACAAAUUGGUGGCACGUCUCACGGCUAGCCGUUUACUCAGACAUGUCCUGAAUAAUGUAAAUGCCCUCAGUGACUGUGUGCGUCAUCUGCGCGCACCGUGACAUAGCAACUCCUAAACGCUUGACUUCCUGGCAUUCUCACAAACUUACACUGGCACAAUGUUGCCACCUUUUGAAGUCAAGAACAUGGUCCUUAUCGUCGUUGCUUCAGGAUAAUAUGAGCAAAAGGCAAAUGUGCAAAGGUAAACGUGUGCUGAAGUGUUUGCAUAACUAUGUUUAAAUUUGCUUAGAUUUUAAGUCCAAUGCAACUUAAAUAUACUGCUGACAAUUUUGGCGUUGCUACCUCUUGAGUCCGCAGUUAUUUCGUUUUUAUAUGCACAGAUAAAAAGUGGCUUUCUCUAAAUUAGUUUUGUUAACAAUGUGCGCAUUAUCUUGUGGCUAUAGAAUAAGAAAGCCUGCCCUAGGACUAACUGCUUCGUGUAUUGCCAUGUAACCCUUGUAGCCUGCCUAAAGCAACUGGUAAUGUGUUGGUGUGAUGUUCACACCAAACUGAUGAGGUUUUUUUUUAUCCACCGUGCCUGAUAUGGUGAUUAUAAUCAUCUGUUUACCAACGACUCCAGCUUAAAAGCACUUACCUAAUGUGUAGUUUUUAGUGAAAUCUUGUUUUUUUAUUUGCAAAAAGGGUUAUUCAUUGUGUUAUCAUUUUAAGACCAAGAAAGACCAUUGUAUAGACAGAAAGUAUAAUUGUGAUGGACAGGGAUAUACACUUAAUUGUUGUGGAUCACAAGGAAAUCAGUUGUAGAAUGAGCACAGCACAAAACCUGCAGCUGUUGGUUUAUAUUCGACUUUGUGUUUUGUAGCAAGGUAGCAAGUGGAGGUAUUUGCUUCCAAACUUUGUGAAGCCUUAUUUUUCGGAAUAUACAGAAAAGACAUUGCCUUAAUCUGUAUAAAUGUGUUUUUCACAAGUAUUUUGUUCACUGACUGUUAUCACUUUGCGAAAGAGCAUCACUUGUUGUACCACUAAUGGCCAGCUUCUACGGGACACUUUAAACACCCAGAGCGUGACUUAAUGAUGUCACAGUGAGUCGAAUGUGUUGAUCCACUUCAUCUCUUACAAGACUGCUCAUGCACCCACAAAGCUUUGGUCCCAGACCUGCAAUCGUAUUCCUACAUUUGCGCAGUUAUAACUUGAGCAAGUAGUGCUGUUGCCUCGUCAAUUUGAUGGGGGUGUUCUGGAAAAACACAAUAACCCACAAAGCGUUUUGUCCAGAAAGUAGUAGGAUUUUAGUUGACAGUGAAUUAGGUGGUCGAAGUAAGUAAAUUAUUGGGGUUAUUUGUGCGGCCAUCUUUCGGGUAAGUGACACAAUCAAAUCUAUCAAAAAUGGAUCGUCAGGCGAUUCAAUGAAAUAAUGUGUUUUCUACUGAAAUUUAAUGUGGGUUAUCCCGAGUUUUUCAGAACAUUCCUAAUUUUCUAACCCGCCACACAUAACAACAUUCCUGCGGAGGGAGCUGGUAGGAACGUUGGGUUGCUCGGUCAAUGGCCUGCAGGGUCAACGGCGGCGUGGUGUAUUCCGCAAAUAUGCCCGACUGUGAGGGCGGGCACAAGCCGGCGUGAGUAGGUUAAACGUUGAGUUUUAUAAGGGCACCACGGGGUGACCAGCCCCUCUCCACCCAGCCCCACCCUCACCCAGCCAUUCCCUGCACGACGGACGGACACAAUAAUCCCUUGUGGGCUGGUGUAACCAGGAGGUUUCUACCAGUAUAAGCCCAGCCGUUUGGUUUGUUCCGAUCGCCAUGCGUGUUCAUGUUGGUUCACAUGAGCGGCCAAGCGCACUCAUCGUGUUAUGACUACCAAGGGCAGACAAAGCACCAUGCCCUCAUUUCUGGCUUCCCAUCACUGUUGUGGAGUUGGGGUGGAUCAAACAGGGCUCUGUUGUGUUCGUUUUGCUGAUGCCAAGUGGAUAUUUGCACAUUAGAGCAAAGCCAAGGAGACCGCAUUGCAACCACACCGACGCCAUGCAGAUAUGCGCUUCGACCGUCUUAAUUUUAUUUCCGGAUGAUUUUUAAUAUUGUUUUUACUCGUAUUGUACUAAGAAUGUGAAGUGUACGUGAUAAGAUUUUGCAGAAUUUAAAUCGCCCAAGGUUUGUCACCACAACGUGCGCCUGUCCUGCAGUAACUGAGGUUUGGCUUGCUAACAAUAAAAGCAGUUGAACUUAAUAA